AUGUCUGAAGGAAAAGUAAAACCAUCUACUCCAGUAGUAGCAGAAGCUCAUGAUGUCGACACUUUCCAUCCUCCGCAAAAGAUGUUUGCCAAGCAUCCAAGCAAACCUCACUUAAGUGGACUCGAUGAAUACAAGAAACUCUACGAUGAAUCGAUCAAGGAGCCCAACAAGUUCUGGGGAAGAAUGGCCCGUGAGCUUUUAACCUGGCAAAAGGAUUUUGAGACCGUUCACAGUGGAUCGUUAGCAGGCGGCGACAAUGCUUGGUUCCUAGAGGGUCAAUUAAAUGCUUCUUACAAUUGUGUUGAUCGUCAUGCAAUUAAGAAUCCAGACAAACCAGCCAUCAUCUACGAAGCCGACGAGACUACCGAUGGUCGUACUCUUACAUACGCGGAACUCCUUCGAGAAGUCUGCAGAACAGCAUAUGUUCUCAAACAAAUGGGUGUCAAGAAGGGAGAUACUGUUGCGAUAUACUUGCCCAUGAUUCCAGAAGCUGUUAUUGCGUUCUUGGCUUGUUCGCGUAUUGGUGCAGUUCACUCUGUUGUCUUUGCUGGUUUCUCCUCCGAUUCCCUCAGAGACAGAGUUAUUGAUGCUCAAUCGAAAGUUGUUAUUACCUCGGAUGAGGACGUACCGGUGCCGAUGUUCCAAUGA